CGCCGCGGCUGGAAGGCACAGCCAGAGCAGCCGCGACCUCCCGCCCCGCCUCCGAGCCGAGCGGCCCCAGCUCAGAGCCCGGAGGCAGCCCGGGCAGUGGGUAGCCCGCGGGUCUCCGACUGCGGGAGGAGGGCGCCCCGCCACCUGCCGCCUCCCCUCCCCUCCACCGCCGCGCGCCGAGAGCUCCCGGGCGCGGACACAACCAACGUGCGCCCCGCGGAGCCGGGACCGUCGGGGGCGCCGCGCUCGGAGCUGACACCUGUCCCACCCGGUCCGCCGAACCCGGAGCUCUGCAGCCGGUGGCAGCCUAGGCGCCUGAGCGAGGGGGAACAGGCCCGCGCUCCGUGAAAGCCGCGCCCGGUAGAGGCCUCGGACCCGAGCCCGGAGCGCCAUGGCUGCGAAGCUGCUGCUUCUCCUCUGCCUGUUCUCGGGCUUGCACGCUAGGUCCAGGAGGGUGGAAGAAGAUGAGAAUGAAGACUCUCCAUCAAACCAGAAGUGGGUCUUAGCACCUAAAUCACAAGACACUGAUGUGACGCUGAUUCUCAACAAAUUGCUGAGGGAAUAUGACAAAAAGCUGAGGCCGGACAUUGGAAUAAAACCAACUGUGAUCGAUGUGGACAUUUAUGUUAACAGCAUUGGUCCUGUGUCAUCCAUAAACAUGGAAUACCAAAUUGAUAUAUUUUUUGCCCAAACCUGGACAGACAGCCGCCUUCGAUUCAACAGUACAAUGAAAAUACUUACUCUGAACAGCAACAUGGUAGGCUUGAUAUGGAUCCCAGACACCAUCUUCCGAAACUCUAAAACAGCAGAGGCUCAUUGGAUCACCACACCCAACCAGCUCCUCAGAAUCUGGAAUGAUGGGAAAAUCCUUUACACAUUAAGGCUCACUAUCAAUGCAGAGUGCCAGCUGCAGCUGCACAACUUCCCCAUGGAUGCUCAUGCCUGCCCCCUGACCUUCUCUAGCUAUGGCUACCCCAAGGAAGAAAUGAUUUAUCGUUGGAGGAAAAAUUCGGUUGAGGCAGCUGAUCAGAAAUCUUGGCGGCUCUAUCAGUUUGACUUCAUGGGCCUCAGAAACACUACAGAAAUCGUGGCAACAUCUGCAGGUGAUUAUGUUGUCAUGACUAUCUACUUUGAACUGAGUAGAAGAAUGGGAUACUUCACUAUACAGACAUAUAUCCCCUGCAUACUGACUGUGGUUCUGUCCUGGGUGUCGUUUUGGAUAAAAAAAGAUGCGACACCAGCAAGAACAACAUUAGGCAUCACCACAGUGCUAACCAUGACCACACUCAGCACCAUUGCCAGGAAGUCCCUGCCUCGGGUAUCCUACGUCACUGCCAUGGACCUCUUUGUGACCGUGUGCUUCUUGUUUGUCUUCGCUGCGCUGAUGGAGUACGCCACCCUCAACUACUACUCCAGCUGUCGCAAGCCAACCAUCAGGAAGAAGAAGACAUCGUUAUUACAUCCAGAUUCCACAAGAUGGAUUCCUGAUCGAAUAAGCCUACAAGCACCCUCUAACUAUUCUCUCCUGGAUAUGAGGCCUCCACCACCCGUGAUGAUCACGUUAAACAAUUCCAUGUACUGGCAGGAGUUCGAGGACACCUGUGUCUAUGAGUGUCUGGAUGGCAAAGACUGCCAGAGCUUCUUCUGCUGUUAUGAAGAGUGCAAGUCGGGCUCUUGGAGGAGAGGCCGUAUCCACAUCGAUGUCUCAGAGCUGGACUCAUACUCCCGGGUCUUCUUCCCAACAUCCUUCCUGCUGUUCAACCUGGUUUAUUGGGUUGGAUACCUGUAUCUUUAAGUGCUGCUCUGAAGGAUGACUGAAGAGUACUUGAUUUAUGUUUUCCCUUCCCCAAUCCCCAGACAAGUAGUGACCAACCAAAAAAGUAGCAGGGAAGGACACUACUCGAGUUUGUUAUGUUACCUUUCAGCAGCAUGGGAAGUACCUGGAAAGUAUUCCUUAUAAAUAUUUCACACACACACACACACACACACACACACACACACACACACACACACAUACACACACACACACACAAACAGCAAUUGCAUUCUAAAGUGAUAUUCUUGCUAACCCCCUCUUCAACCUGUAGUUUGGUAUUUAUGAAUGGCCUUGGAUACAAGAAGCUGCCAGUUACCAUGCAAAGACACCUGUAAAACAUGCAAACAACUAUCCAGAGGUACUCUCAGGCCCUCACCCUCAUGUAUCUUCCCUUUGUGCUCCUUGGCAUGAGUGCCUGUGUGUCCAGCAUCUCCUUAGUGGAGAUGCUCUUGAGCUGACCUCACUCCGAGAUCCAGCUUGAACCACAGUCAGCCUCGGUCCCUUCUGUGAGGUCUGUUUGCUCAGGCACUGCUGUGCGUAGCUAGCUCCCCUCUUACUGGCACCCUUCCUGCCUGCCUGGGAGGUGCUCAUAUGUAUCAGCCACAAGUUUCCAUCUGUGGGGAAAAAAAUGUGACUUUUAAAACUUGUUGCUGAGACCACACUGCUAUUUGUCUCUAAAUCUUACAAAGUAGUAACUUUCUUACAUCAGUAUUUGUAUACUGGGUACCUGGACCAGUUGGGUUUCAAUUCAGCAUUUCUGUAAGAACUGUGUUUUACAGGACCAAGUCUCAGUCGCAAAUGAAGAGUGUAGCUUAUAUUAUUGUUAGGGGUUCAGUAACCAUCUUCAUCCUCUAAAGACAUGCAACAUGGAUAGGCCUUUGUUUUGAAACUGUAUUCCAGAGUGUGAAAUAAUGUAGACAAGUAUUUAAUCAUGAACUUUAACAUUCAAGCCAAACCAACAUUAGAUGCAAAAAAA